UUUAAUCAAAAUUUGUGGUUUUUGAACGACACUUGUUAUUUCAUAAUGACGUAGAUGACGUCUAUUUAUUAUUGUGAUGUUGUGAUUUUUAAAUGCUUUUAGCAAUAUUACGGAAAUAUCAUUGUUAUAUUGAAUAUGUUUUACAAACGAAGUACUGAACAAUGCGUAAAGCGUACAAUGUAAAAGGAGUGCUAAAAAAGCGAUUGCGAACUAUACAAAGGAGGGCUAUCGAGAGAGGCUUAGAUGGGGUGCUAUUACAGCAAUACGAUUUUAUAUGUAAUUUUAGUGAUGAAGUUGAAAAUAAGAAAUCUAAUAAGAAGCUUAUUGCAGUCAUAGUGUCGGCAUUUAUUAUAUUAGUGCUGAGCGUUAGCUAUAUCAACAGUAUUUUAAGCGCUAGAUGUCUGUUACCUAGUAAUUACUUAGUGUGGGAGGCGACGCGGCCACUCGCCGAUUGCGCCUAUUGUGAGAAUGUUACGAAACCAAUUAUAUUGUGGAACGUCACGCGGCAGGAAUUUGCUAAUUAUGCUUAUACACCAGGACCUAUAAUCGUAAAAAAUGCCAUCAGACAUUGGAGAGCGACCAAAGAGUUUAGUUUUAAUAUGUUUAAGAGGCUGUAUGAACAAACUGCAGGCAGCUAUGAAAGCCUUGAGGAAGGAUGCCAGUUUCUUAAUUUUAAGACAGAUCUGUUUAGUCUAAGGGAAGUUUUCAGCAUGCCUGAAGCUAGGGUUAAGAAUGAAGAGGGCCAAAAGCCUUGGUAUGUUGGAUGGGGUAACUGCCAUCCUGACAUAUUGGCUCAAGUCAGACAGUAUUAUGAUAUUCCACAAUUUUUACCUGAUGAUGCUGAAUUUCCAGCAACAGAAAAUAUAUUUUUUGGAUUUGAAAUUGGAGCUGUGAUGCAUUUGGAUUAUAUAUCAAGACUGAUGUGGCAGGGGCAGGUGCAAGGGAACAAGACAUGGUUUGUGGCUCCUGUGCCCGAGUGUGAUCAUGUGUGUCAUAAGUUUCAGUAUUACGUUGAGCCUGGAGAUGUGGUGUUAUUGGAUACGCGCAUUUGGUACCACGCCACAACCAUACCUAAGGGCCAAUUUUCCUUGACAGUACAAUCAGAGUAUGGAUGAAAUAAUGCUGCUAUGCCAAGACUUAGUACAAAAGAAAGUGUUCUUUCACAUAUCAAGAUGCCAAAUUAUACACAUUUAUUAUUUAUACAAGCUAUUUUAAACUUUCGAUAUAAUGCAUUCAAGUGCCAUUUUUGUAGUGCAACUAUAUUUAGCAAUAAGUUUAUGCAAUAUUUUGUUUUUUUAUACUCUUGUAAACUAUUUAUUUUCUAUCAUGUGUUCUAGAAAUAUACUUUUUGGAAGUUU